AUAAGGCUGUAUUGAGGGACAGACAGCUCUCACUCUGGCCGCUCUGUCUGCUCUGUGGCUGAAAUGGGGAACUGCAUCGUGCCCUACUGUGACGGGCCCAAGAGCACCAACGUCAGAUGGACUCUGCCGGCCGUUUGCUUCGUCUGGCAGUGCGCCAUGGUCAUCCUGUUCGGCUGCUUCGUCCGCUAUAACGACGAGGUGGACGCGCACUGGCCUGAGUUCAAAAUCGAAAAGAACAUAACCAGCGACGCAGAGAACGACUUCUACUUCAGAUACCCCAGUUUCCAGGAUGUCCACGUCAUGAUUUUUGUGGGAUUUGGUUUCCUCAUGACGUUUAUGAAACGCUACAGCUUUGGUGCUGUGGGCUUCAACUUCCUUGUCGCAGCUUUUGGAAUUCAGUGGGCUCUGCUAAUGCAAGGCUGGUUCCAUCAUAUUGAUUCCGAAGACGGGAUGAUCAAGAUCGGUGUAGAAAACAUAAUCAACGCAGACUUCUGUGUAGCAUCGUGUCUGAUUGCAUACGGAGCACUGCUGGGGAAGGUCAGCCCUGUGCAGCUGAUGGUGAUGACCCUGUUUGGUGUCACCUUGUUUGCUGUAGAGGAAUAUAUUAUACUGAACCUCAUUCAUGCCAAAGAUGCUGGAGGCUCCAUGGUGAUUCAUACCUUUGGAGCUUACUUUGGUCUGUCCAUCUCGUGGGUCCUUUAUCGGCCAAACUUGAAAGACAGCAGUAAGCUAAAUGGGUCAGUCUACCACUCUGACGUGUUUGCUAUGAUUGGAACUCUGUUUCUGUGGAUGUUCUGGCCCAGUUUCAAUUCUGCCAUUUGUCAACACGGAGAUGGUCAGCACAGAGCAGCCAUCAACACCUACCUGUCAUUGGCUGCCACAGUUCUCACCACGUUUGCCAUCUCCAGCCUGUUGGAGAAGAAUGGAAAACUGGACAUGGUACAUAUCCAGAACUCCACGCUGGCAGGUGGUGUUGCUGUAGGAACAGCUGCUGAGUUCAUGCUGUCGCCAUAUGGAGCUCUGAUAGUAGGAUUCUUCUGUGGUGUCAUCUCCACACUGGGCUACAUCUAUCUCUCACCCUUCUUGGAAAGGAAGCUUAAGAUCCAGGAUUCAUGUGGUGUUCAUAACCUGCACGCCAUGCCAGGUGUGAUUGGAGGAAUUGUAGGAGCCAUAUCUGCUGCUGGUGCUACUGAAUCUGUUUAUGGCUUACAAGGGUUGAAAGAUACAUUUGAUUUUACUGGUGAUUUCAAGAACAGGACUCCUGCUGCCCAAGGCGGAUUCCAGGCAGCUGCAAUGUGUGUGUCUAUAUGUUUUGGAAUAGGAGGUGGAAUAUUUGUGGGUCUAAUCUUGAGGAUGCCCCUCUGGGGAGAUCCAACAGAUGAUAAAUGCUUUGAUGAUGUCAUCUACUGGGAGGUGCCUGAUGAAGAAGAGCCUGUUGAAGCGGAUUUACACUACAACAAUCACACAGUGGCCAAUAAUCAUGUAGAAGUAACUGAAACUCGCUUCACUGUGGGUCAGCAAUAAUCCUGCAACCGGGAUGUGAUUCCAGCCUCCUCUCUACAACCCUGAGUCUGCACUUUCUCCUCUACUAGCAGCAGCAGCAGCAGCAGCAGCACAGUAAGAUCUCCUCUACUGUAUCCCUCACACCAGUAACCCCGUCACCAGCAUCUGUGGACUGAAAGAAUUAGGGGACCCAUUUACUGUAUCACUAUAUUUUUAUAAAUAUCAGAGACUAUACAUAAAACACAUGAAAAUCAUGAAAAAUGAUCAAAUAGAAGGUGGGUUUUGCAGUUUUACUUCUACACAACAAAUCUGCCAGUGCUCAUUCAACACUGUCAGAGUAAAAUUAACACGUGACUCAUAAAAUUCUAGUUUUAUUUUAACACUGACAAAUUUGCUGUGUACAUCAUUUUUAACCCAACAAUCCAAAAAUCAAUCUAUCUAAAUCUAUUUUAUAUGUAUUUAUUUCUGUGUUCAGUUUUACUAUCUACAAUUGCUGAUUAUAUAUUAACGGGGAAUGAAUCUUACAAAAUCAAACACAUUAUAAAAAAAAUCAAUUGUGUAAAUGAAAGAGUGAAUUAAUGAUUUGAAUUAGAACACGUAACAAAGUUACACAAUUGAAAAUUGUACAAAAUGUGUCAGUAAAACUGACUGGCUGUAAAUUUUCCUUCUUUCAGAAUAGAAUCAAUUAAUCCUGUCAUAAAAAGCCCUGAUGUCAGAUUUAUAAUCUUAUUUAAAUAUCUUGUGUAAUGCUUACAUUGAGAAAGAACAUUUCUUCCCUUGUAAGAAAUUUUAUCUUUAUGCAUAAAUACUUCAUUUUUGUCUUUUGUCUCAUGUUUUUGUAAAUAAAAAUGAUUGUGUCUAAUUCUGAA